GAGAGGGGCGCCUGCAAGAACUUGGGCACGACGGAGAGGGGCGCUCCGCGGGAAGGGAAGGAAAGCGCAUGAAGAGACGCAAUGCCGACUCCCGCCUGGGGACUGUGACUCUUGCCAGCUCAGGAUCCACAUGCUGUAUGUCUGGGGCAAGCGGUGAAUGAUUAUGGAUGCUUUCACACAGAUCAGCAUGAAGAAUCUCUCUUCUGCCAACAUGUCCGCAGGCAAAUUCGGGUACCCGCACAACUUCACUAGCAGUUCUCCAUCAAUGUCCAUCAGUAAGCUCUUCCCAGCCUUGUUAGAGUGCUUUGGCAUAAUCCUUUGUGGAUAUAUUGCCGGCCGAGCCAACAUAAUCACAUCAACUCAGGCUAAAGGACUAGGAAACUUUGUCUCUCGCUUUGCUCUCCCAGCUUUAUUGUUCAAAAACAUGGUCAUCCUGAAUUUUUCCCAUGUGAACUGGUCCUUCCUAUACAGCAUCCUGAUUGCCAAAGCGUCGGUAUUCUUCUUAGUUUGCAUCCUAACAUUGUUGGUAGCCACUCCAGCAAGGCGGUUUAGCAAAGCUGGGCUGUUUCCCAUUUUUGCCACUCAGAGCAAUGACUUUGCACUAGGAUAUCCUAUAGUUGAAGCUUUAUAUCAGACAACGUAUCCAGAAUAUCUCCAGUACAUUUACCUGGUCGCGCCAAUAUCUCUUAUGAUGCUAAAUCCCUUAGGAUUUAUCUUCUGUGAAAUCCAGAAAUCCAGGGACAAUCAGACUGCUUCUCUCAGCAAGAUCAAGAUACUGGGACUGGGACUUUUUCGAGUGUUGCAGAAUCCCAUUGUAUUUAUGGUCUUCAUAGGAAUUGCCUCCAAUUUCCUUCUUGCCCAAAAGGUUCCGGAAUAUCUGGAAAACUUCCUUGAUGGACUUGCCAGUUCAUUUUCUGGCUCAGCACUCUUUUAUCUGGGGCUCACCAUGGUGGGCCAGAUAAAGAAACUGACAAAGGGUACUUUUGUUGCACUGAUUCUUCUUAUUACAGCUAAACUACUGUUGAUGCCACUUCUCUGCAGGGAAAUGGUGGAGUUAUUGGACAAGAGCAACAGUUUAGUCAACCAUACCAGCUUAACAAACUAUGCAUUUCUUUAUGGGGUCUUUCCAGCCGCUCCUGGUGUGGCUAUAUUUGCAACGCAGUUUAACAUGGAAGUAGAAAUUAUAACUUCUGGAAUGGUAAUUAGCACUUUUGUCUCUGCUCCCAUCAUGUAUGUUUCUGCUUGGCUGCUAACUAUUCCGUCUAUGGAUCCAAAGAAAUUGGCAUCUGCAAUCCAGAAUGUUAGCUUUGAUAUUAGUAUUGUCAGUCUUGUUUCUUUGGUGUGGUCCCUUGCUGUCAUUCUACUGAGUAAAAAAUACAAACAGCUUCCUCACAUGCUUACAACUAACUUACUGAUUGCUCAGUGUGUCGCCUGCAUUGGAAUGGUGAUGUGGAACUUCACUAUUGAGGAAAGAAAUAUCACUGUGCAAAUACUUGUGUUUGUUUUCCUGUACAGUGCACUUUAUAGUGCUUUUUUGUGGACAGGUCUCUUAUCCCUGUCUUUGCUGCUUUUGAAAAAAAGAGAAGCCAUAAAAGUUCCUGUUGGAAUUAUCAUGGUAGCUGGCUGGGGAAUCCCAGCAGUUCUUGUUGGAAUCAUGUUACUAGCUGGUGAACGAAAUGAAGAUGUCAUUGACUCUGCAUUUUUUUAUGGGAAACACCAGAUGAUUAUUACAGCAGUAGUUGUAUUCAUCAGCAUAUUGAUCUCAGGUGUAUCGCUCAUGUGCAUGAACAGAGUUGUCCCAGAGGACAACUGUGAAGUCCUGACCCAACAGUCCCAAUCGAGUGGAUCAGAGGAACUUGAAAGGAAUAUAAAUGAACAAUCCCCAUCUUCAACCCGUGCUUCUCAUUCAUUGACGAACUCUUCCAUAGGAAAAGGGUGCUGCGCAUGCCAAAAGCAGUAUGGAGAGUUAUGUUCUUCUGAAGGAGAGCUAACAUCUACCCCAAGUGCCAAUGAUAACUGCACACCGCCUAUUGAGACAGCGAAUCAGUGCUUGAGUUCAUGCAGUUCUCAGAGCUGCAUUUUGGCACAGGAAGAGCAGCUGCUGCAGGUUGGGGACCAACAGCUGGCCAGACACGUGCUGCUGUGCCUCCUGCUUGUCGUGGGCCUCUUUGCUAAUCUUUCCAGUUGUUUGUGGUGGUUAUUCAACCAAGAACCUGGAAGACUCUACGUGGAACUGCAGUUCUUCUGUGCCGUAUUUAAUUUUGGUCAGGGAUUCAUUUCUUUUGGAAUAUUUGGCUUAGACAAACAUUUAAUAAUUCUUCCAUUCAAGCGAAGGUUUGAGUUCCUCUGGGGUAACAGAGAAGCAGGGGAAAGAAGGGAUUCCUCCAUACCUGAGGAAAUCCGGAUGACGUGCCAACAGUUUGUGCAUUACCACAAAGAUUUGUGUGUCAGGAGCAUUGUCCAGGACAGAAGUGCUGGUACGAGAUUUACAGAACAUGUGGGUGAAUCAUUCCUUUGACAUACAGGUGUGGGGUAAAGAUGGCCACUGGCGUCUUCUUUGGCUGCGACCUGGUGAACUGGCUCAUUGAAGUUGGCCUUGCCUUAGACCGCGGGGAUGCUGUGGUGUAUGGAGACAGAUUGGCGAAAGGAGGCAUCAUCCAGCACAUUACCAAUGAAUUUGAGUUUCGGGAUGAGCCAUUACACUAUCGUUUUCUUCCUAGAAGAUCUGUGGCAAGAGAGAGCCAUGGAAAUGGAGAGAUCCUUCGAAGCUUAGCCUGACAGGGUUUCCCAAAACACUCUGCUUUGACACUUUUUUGUUCUCAGCUCUUACACAGUUCUGUUUGUUUCCCACCCCAAGAGGAUGAUAUUUAACACUUAUUUAACGCUGACAUGCAGUUUGGUCACUUCAGGGAAUUAUUUUAACUGAUGUAAAUUCAAAAGUAGGAUACUUUUGGUACUUUUUAAAAAUGUGGACAAGAGUCACUGUAGUAACCAACCAAUUUCUAUUCCUGACUGCACGUAAUCUGCUUCAGAAGAAAAUUGUUCUCUCCUGUUUGUUAGUUUUUCAGUUUGUGCUUUUGUAUCACAUGACACACAGACAACAACAAAAAAUCCAGCCAAGGUUGGCUCUUGAAAAGCUCUGCUUGGCUUGUGCUGCCUCUUUUGGAGGCAGAGCCUCCAUUUAAAUUGCCACUGUGUUUGGGAGAGUAAGAACUGAGAAAUAAACAGACUACUUUUGCUCUUUUGGGUCUGUCUAAGCAAGCCAGUCUUUUAACGACUUCACAAGUAAGCUGUAAUCCUGUACACUGUCAAUUAUUUUACUACUGAAAUCUGUAGGAUUUAAACCAGCCUAAGAGUAUGCAGGAUUGCCGCUAAAACAUGUUUUUUAAAGAGUGUUCCCUCUGUUCAUAAUUGUUCUCAGAGGAGCAAUUGGCUUAGAAUUACUGAAGUACUCCUCAGACUGGCUUUAGUCGAUGUCUGUGAGGUUGUGGCUAAUUUGCAUCGCUUAAAUUAGACCAAAAGCCUUUCUUAAAAAUGAACAUAACCAAAUACUUGAGUUAGGUAUGAUCCUCCCCAAUAUGUAACCUAAAAAACUCAUCAAUGUAUAUUAUUGGAAUAAAGAUUUGGGGUGUGGAGGGGGGGAAUCUUUUAUUUUCAUGGACUUCUUAAUAGAUAAGAUUUAAAUCAAGUGCCAGUAACAACUCCCCCACCCCCAGUUUACAUGUACUCUAUUUUUUUUUAUGCCCACAAGUUUUUUCUUGCCUACCUAUCUUGUCUCUUUUCUCACUGUGAGCUGGUGAAGAACACUAGCGAAAUGGAAUGGCAUUUAUUGAUCUUUUUUAAAAGGAAGAGGAAUGUUAACUUUCCAUAAAGUUACUAAUAGCCGGUGUAACUGGAGUAAACUGAAAUGAAUUUGUAACAGGAAUUAGAUAGAUCUGCAUUGGUGAUGUUCCUCUAACACCCUUUCAUUUUUGGCUGUUGGGGUGGUGUAUUUAAUUUUGAUAGAGCUGGGGAUGUAUUUCAAAGACAGGCUCCUUAAACUUUCGGCUAUGAUCCUGUAGUAGUAGGAGUUAGAUCUAACAGCCUCAAGUACAAUCAGUAGCCACAAUUGAUGUGCAUCGAUAUGCAUGAAAGAUGUGACCUAGAAAACCACUUACUUUUGCGGUCAAAUGUGUAACUAGUACAUCAAUGUCAUACUUGAAGAGUUUGCUGACAAAGUUUUUUCUGUCUUGUACCCAAACUUUAAUGAAGAAAAUUGUAUUUAUAGUAAAGUGUGGUUUAACCUGAUCUGCAGCUGAAAUUGGGAGUGCUGCUGUUACGUUUUGGAAGCCAAUUAUGUUUCUGUUGAUUGUGCAAAGAAUGAUGGAGAAAUCCAUUUUGGAAGUAGAUUGUCAUUCUACACUCUCUGCGUUUCAGUUUCUCAAUAAAUACAGAUUGUUUUAUCUUGUAA